AUGGCCCGCGUGGCUGCAGCCCUGGCCUGGGCGCUGGCGCUCCUCUCAGCGUUUCCCGCCGCCCACGCGCGGAAAGGCCCCGGGGAGGACGCUGGGCAGAGCAGCGCGGACAAGGGCUGGGCGGAGCAGGCCCAGCAGCUGAAACUGGCCCUGGAGGCCGCGAACCUGAAAGCCAGCCUUGAGCAGGACCUGCACAACAUGAACACGCUCCUGGAGAAGCUGGGCCCUCUGAGCGGGCAGGGCGGCCCUCUCGGGCUCCCUCCCGGACUCCCUCCCGACCCCGAGGGCGUGCGGCGGCAGCUGCAGGCGGAGCUGCAGGAGGUGAGCGCACGCCUGGAGCCCCGCAUGGCGGAGGCGCACGCGCGCCUGAGCUGGAACCUGCAGGGGCUGCGGCAGCGCCUGGAGCCCUACACCGCGGCCCUGGUGGAACAGGUGGCGCUGCGCGUGGAGGAGCUGCAGGAGCAGCUGCGCGCGGUCGGCAAGGACACCAAGGCCCAACUGCUGGGCAGCGUGGCCGAGGCGCGGGACCGGCUGCAGGAGCUGCGGGGCGGCCUGGCGCACCACACCGGCCGCGCCAAGCAGCUGCUCCACCCGCCCGCCCAGCGCCUGCUGCGCGGCAUCGGGCAGCACGUGCGGGAGCUGCACCGCAGCGUGGCCCCGCACGCCCUGGCCAGCCCCGCGCGCCUCAGCCGCUGCGUGCAGCGGCUCUCCCGCAAGCUCACGCUCAAGGCCGAGGCCCUGCACGCGGGCAUCCAGCAGAACCUGGACCACCUGCACAAGGAGCUUAGCGCCUUCGGCGGCGCGGAGGACGAGGCUCACCCAGACCCCCGGGCGCUGUCCCAGGAGGUGCGCCAGCGCCUGCAGGCUUUCCGCCAGGACACCCUGCUGCAGAUCGCCGCCUUCACCCGCGCCAUCGACCAAGAGACGCAGGAGGUCCAGCAGCAGCUGGCGCCGCCCCCGCCCAGCCACAGCGCCUUCGCCCCUGAGUUCCUCCCCGAGGACGAUGGCAAGGCCCGGAGCAGGCUGCAGGCCCGGCUGGACGACCUGUGGGAGGACAUAAACUACAGCCUUCGCGACCAUGAUCCGGGCCACGGAGGGGAGCCCUGA